AUGCGGGACAUUUCUGGGAUAGAUCUGACCACCGUUUCUCGCGUGACACGCCCGCAAAGCUUCCCUCUUCCUAAAGCAAGCGAUCAAAAGUCAUCCCUGUAUAACCCUCUGCUCUUCCGAAACAUACCAGAACCGAUGUCAGAGGCAGUGGAAGACGUCAUAGUCAGAGGAACACUGUGUCAGGACAGCAUUGGACCCUUAUUCGUUAACCGGCAAUGUACAACCAUGGCAUACGAGGCUUUGGCCUACCAAGCCAGACGAAGACAUCCGGAGACCUGGACCCCCAAAGAUAUCGACGAUAUCAUUCGUCUUGGACACCGCCAACACAAUCAGUUCAGGAAUAUUGAUAAACUUAGCACCCACAUAGAUGGAAAGGUGGGAGUUUAUCAGCUUCCUGAGGAAUAUCGAGUGCGUAAUCUUCCAACUUUUCUGUCGUUGGGAAAUUGUGGCAGCAACUUGGAAGGAAAAGGAGUCACAGCUAAGACGCUUUACAGUGUCGACGGUUGCUUCCAGUACGAAAGCAGAGAAUUAGCCGAAGCAUUAUCUGCCGUGUCUCCCGAAUUCCCUGAUUUCAUGGUCACGACCUUCGAAUCGGACCCAAAGGCAGCCGUUAAUAUGGUUCUUACUAUUGGCCAGUACUCAAUGGCAGUUUGGCGAAGGAAGGACGACGAUAGAUUGUGGCUGUUUGAUAGUCACCGGAGGGGCCCAAUGGGAGAAAACAACGUGAUUCCAACAGAUUGGCAACCAUUAGACCCAGGUGCUGCCCUCUUGCGUUCGUUUCAGAGUCUUGACGCCUUAAUGACGCACCUGAUUAUACAGAGUGGAACAGGUUUUUCAUACAGUGCCGCUUUGAUCGGCUAUGAUGAGGAGUGA